CCACUCCUUUUAUUUUAAAACGCCACACUCUCCCUCCUCAUUUAUUUCCAAUCUGACUAUCUAUUUAACAUCGAUCUACAACAUUAAUAACUCCUCCCAACUUUCAUACCCAUUCAAAAUCACCAUCAAACCCUAUAUUACUAUUGUUCAAAAACCAUGGGAAGAACAAGAACCCUCCCUUUUCUUCCUACUUGUGGCAGCCCUAGUAAAACCCUAUCUUUCCGUACCACCACCGGCGAGUUUGAUGACAUGGAGCCAUCGGUAGAUGAUGUGAUUCGUGGGUUAAGUACGGACAGAUUCUUUUUCAAUCCUGGAACAACAAGCUCCAUACUUGAAGAAGCAAAACCUAAAGAAAAAGAAAAGGAAAGGGAGAAACAAAAAGAGAAAGAAAAAGAAAGUGUUGUGGCAUUGAAAGAAAGUGUGUCAAUGAUGGAGAUGGAUUCAACUGACCCUUUUGUUGACUUUAAGAAGUCAAUGCAAGAGAUGGUGGAAGCUGAUGAAGGGUUAAAAGAGUGGGAGAAUCUUCAAGAGCUUUUGAGUUUGUAUCUAGCAGUUAAUGAUAAAACAAACCAUGGGUACAUCAUUGGAGCUUUUGUUGACUUGUUGUUGGUCAAUCUUGGUCCUCCUUCAAAACCAUCUUUAUGUUCUACAUCUUCAUCAAUCAAUGCUACUCAAGAACAAUCUAUAUUGUUGGAAUCUGGUGGUAAUUGUUGUAGUAAUAAUAAUAAUAAUAAUAAUAAGUUGAUGAUGAUGAUUAGUAGUGAGUCACCAGAAUCUGCUUUAUCAUUCACUUCAUCAUUUGCUUCUUCUUCUGGGACUUGUUCAAGUACUAGCCAUUUUUUGUCAUCAUGUUCAUUGGAAGAUGAAGAAGAAGAAGAAGAAGAAGAAGAUAACAAUGGAGAUGAUGAAGAUCAUAACAGUCCCCAGAAAGCUUCAGUUUCAGACUGUCAUUCUUCUUUGAAAGUAUGAUUUUCUUAUUUAUGGAAAAACUAUGUAUAUCACUAAUUUUAGUAACUAUAAUGAGAUCUUUCUCUAACUUCCACCAUU